AUGGUUGUGUGGACAGACUUUGAGCGCACCGCGAUCCAGGACAUCUUCUCCAAGAUCGACUAUGCGGUCGUUGGGCAAGCAGCUUUUUCCAGGUGUCUGAUUGUCUACCCCUGGACUAAGAGGUAUUUCGGUGGAUUUGGAAACCUCUACAAUGCUGCUGCCAUCACAUCAAAUCCAAGGGUUGCGUCUCAUGGAAAAGUCAUCAUGGAAGCUCUGGAAAAAGCACCACGACAUAUGGACGCGGUUAAAAUUAUACAUUCGCUCUUGGUGUUAGUUUAUUUCAUUGCAUUGCAGGGAGCAGUGGCGGAGCGGGGGGGGUGA